AUGUCGUCAAAAUCAGAGAAGAUGGUGUUUGGUAUGGUAGCAAUGUUUAUAUUAUUCAUGUCCAUAGGAUUGGAAAUCACUGGAUCCUUUUUACCAUUUUGGAUGAACCCGGUCAAUCAAACGUUCUCCAAUACUGGUGGAAAUGUGAGUUUUUCACUGUGGACUAAACAAGAGUGCUGGGAUAUUAUUUGUGAGACCAAGAUUAUACAUGUUCAAUGGACACAAGAAGAAUGCUACAAUAAAGAUGGUAAAGAUGAAUGUCAGAUCUUCCAUGGAACCAAAUCUAAACCAGUGACGAAAUGUUACCAAGCUUUCUACUGCAACAUCACGUGGAAUUUUCAAGAACUUCAUAAGACCCCUUCAUUGUUGCUUAUGGGCGUAGCUUUUGAAAUACCGAGUGUUCUGUGUGGAGUUAUUGCCCUUGUUAUUUGUAUCAUCAAAUUCUUUCUAUUAGUUGAAUUCCCGAACAGAAGUAGACGUCACAUAAAAACCGCUUAUCUAACAUUGAGCGGUAUGGCCGGUACAGGGUCUGUUGUGUCAAUUAUAAUAUUUUGUGUACAAUUGAACAAACAUGAAUUCCAUUUGGGAUGGGGACCAGUUUUCCCCGGCGUUGGCGGAUUUCUGCAACUCUGUAUCAGCAUCUGUGGUUAUUUAACAUGGAAUAAUCCAAAUGAAGAUGAUUGGUCUGAUGGUGUUCAUUCUUCAUUUCUAGACCAAUCAACAGACUCAACCAUCAAACCAACGACUAAACCGGAAGAGGAAAUGUUUAAAAUUGAGAUUUAA